GGAGACUAAAGUCCUGCAGGGUGGACUGUGGACCCACUAAUGGAGGUUUAGUAACAAAAGCAACACGAACGUCUGAACCUUCUCUGAUCUGCAGCCAUGACUCCUCUCUCCAUCCACCGUCCCUCACUUAUCCUCAGGCUGCUCAUCUCUGCCUCUCUGUUCAUCAUGAUGAUGUCACUUCCUGCUUCGGCCCUGGACCCAGAGACGUGCUUCUCCAGGCAGCACCAGGGCGUCACGGUGAAUGUGAGACAGGCCCUGAGCCGAGCGGCGGCGGCCAUGAACCCUCGGCUGGUCCGUUCUGAACGGGACUGUGUCCUCGCCUGCUGCUCCGAGGAGGUCCAACCAGGGUCCCGGUGCAACAUGGUCGUCUUUAAGGCCGUCCAGCACACCAACGAUGAGAACUGUCUGCUGUUCCACUGUCCCACCGAGCUGGACUGUCCUCUGAUGAAGGCUGAGGACGGCAUCAACACCUACAACAUCUACAAAGGUUUGACUCAUCCGCCCACUCCGAGGCCCGUCGCCAUGACAACCACAGUCCAAACCACCACCGGCACCACCCCCUCAACCACAGUCCAAACCACCACCAGCACCACCCCCUCAACCACAGUCCAAACCACCUCCGGCACCACCCCCUCAACCACAGUCCACACCACCACCGGCACCACCCCUUCAACCACAGUCCACACCACCUCCGGCACCACCCCUUCAACCACAGUCCACACCACCACUGGCACCACCCCCUCAACCACAGUCCACACCACCACUACAUCAGCACUAGCUACACACCCAACCACCACACAGGCUCCACCCACCACCACAGGAUCUCCUCAAUCCAGCAUCUUCAUCACCUCAAUGCCUGCGAGUCCAUCACCACUGACCACCCCCACCCCAACAACAACCCCAACAACAACAAGAAAUGGAUUCGCUCCAGCCUUCGACUUGAAGAAACCCAACAAAAGCAGCAAAAAGCAAAACAAGCCCACAAAGAAAGGAAAACCACAUCCUGUCAGCACCAUUAGCACCACCCAGCCACCCCCCAGCUCCACGAGAUCACUUCCUGUUCAAACGGUGGGCAAAGGGGCGGAGCCUAGAACGUUGGACACCACACAGUCGCACACAGAAACUACAACUACACCUCCUACCACCACCUCUGCUCCACCUCCAACCCAAUGGUCCACUACCACCACCACAGCUUCACCAAGCCUGAUAAUUAUACCCAAAGACAUCUUCCAAUCGGAUCACGUCCUCCAGUCUGGACACGCCCUCCAGAACUCCAGUACCAGCCAGACAAAGGUGGCGCAGGGGGCGCUGAAGAGCGGCGUGGUGGCCUUCAUGGUGCUAGGGCUCGCUGUGCUAAUACUGGCUCUGGCGGUCGGUGGACGUAAGGCGAUGGAGUCGUUCGAUCGACGCCAUUACACGAGACUGGAGCUCAACGAUCUGCACUACGAGAUUUAG